CCAAGCCCAAUAUCCUCGCGCAGUCUCUACCACAUCGUCCCCAGGGCCGCGUCUCUUCUGCGCUCCCUAGUCCCGACCCACAUCGCUCUCCCGGUGAGAAAGUCGCCGGCGCCGGCGCCGGCGCCGUCCACCGUCCCAGCUCGCCGGACUCCCCGCCGCCCAUGGCGGAUCGCUAUCGCGCCUACGGUCCCUCCUCCUACGAAAGAGAUCCACGGGGUGGUUAUUCUGAGUAUCUUCCACCUGAGGGCUCUUUAGCAUCUUAUUAUGCUUCAAGAUCUUCUAGUCUACCGGGUGGACCAGAUGUUCUUAGAAACAAUGAAAGUCUACCUGGUGGACCAGAUGUUCUUAGAAACAAUGCAAGUCUACCGGGUGGACCAGAUGUUCUUAGAAACAAUGCAAGUCUACCGGGUGGACCAGAUGUUCUUAGAAACAAUGUAGCGUUGCCACCAAGGGCUUAUGGUUAUGGUUCAGAUGGUCCAGGAGUAGUUAAUCCUUCUAUGCCUGGCCUAAGUGGACUACAUGCUGUAGCUAGGGCACGCGGACCUAGUCCUUUGGAAGACCCAUCUUUGGCUGGGCUGAGUGGGCUAGCUCCAGCCAGGGUACUGGGACCUAGUAUCUUGGAAGAACCGUCUGUAAUGGGGAGAAGUUCAUCUCUAGGCAAAGCUGCUGGUAUUCCAGAUGUGGAGCGCCACAGCCCACUUCCAAACCUUGACGGGCCAUCAGAAGAUGAAUCCAACAUUCUUUUUGUUGAUUGUCUCCCUACUGAUUGCACAAGGAGAGAAGUAGCCCAUUUGUUUCGGCCCUUUGAUGGUUUCAAGGACAUCAGAGUAGUGCACAAGGAGCCCAGGCGUAGUGGUGACAAGGCUUAUGUCCUGUGCUUUGUGGAGUUUGAGAAUGCAAAAUGUGCACGCGCUGCUAUGCAUAAACUCCGAGCAUACCGCUUUGAUGACAGGAAGCCUGACUCCCCGUUCCUUAAGAUCCAAUUCGCAAGGUUCCCUUUCCGUCUGCCUGCUGCCUAGGACGAUCGCUGAUUACUGCCAUCCGUCAUCCUCUAGCUAGCAGUAUAGUCCAUGUGACCAGCCUGUAUGUAACUGUAAUGCACAGCUGAACUGACGAUGCCUUUCAGAAGUCUUAACUCUUGUGUGACGGUGACGCCAACGCAAAUGGAAUGGUGCGAUGUGUCAUUCUUUGCAUUCACCCCUUUUCUACAGAUUGGAGUUUUCGCCGCCGUCAAAUAUGUUCGAGAUAAUGGGCAUUUUAACUGGUGGUGAGUAAUUCUGUAAAUGACAGCAGGUAAAUGCCGAAGACUUCAAUGUAUCUUGUCUUUCUUUUU